AUGAAAGAUGUCAGCGAGGUUAUGGCAGAACUUUUGGAUAAAACAUCCUUGGAUUUGCUUAGUUCUUUGCUAAAUUCAACUGAUGUGAAGCAGGAAUACAAAUAUGAACUUGUUGAUUGGUUAUUCUUUGAUAACUGCUGGUCAGAUGCUAAUGAAAAUCCCAUUAGUAAAUGUAGGAUGACUUCAUUGGAUGAGAUAUUUUCAGUGAAUUGUGAAACUAUGCCUAGAUCAAAAGUAUUGGUGCUUGAAUUUCCUGCAUCCUCAUUUCCUUUGCUCAGAAAUCAUAAUGGAACUUUGGUGCUUUUGGUUCGGCAUGCUGAGUUAGAGUUGGUGAAUGACAUCAUCCUUGAGGUAUGUGCAUUAAUGAAGUUAGUAUCAUCUCCAGAGUCAGUUUUUGUUCCGGAUUCUAGUCUCCGGAAAAUGGCGAAAUCAGUCUGCACACUUCUCUUAUUCAGCAGCAAAUCGGUGGUGGAUUGUGUUUAUAGUUUUGUGACUGGUGAUGAUAGAUCUCAGUUAUCAUCAGUUCUAUAUGCAGCCUUGCUUUUGGAAGGCUUUCCACUGAACUCGCUAUCAACAAACAUGAGAAGUAUUGCUAAAGAAAAAAUCAUUUCUGACUAUUUUGGUUUCAUUGAUAGUUUUGAUGACAAAUCAUUGACUCUCUCCAGUCCUGAAUUUGGGCUUCCAGUUUUUUCAUUAUCUGCUUCAUUGCAGUCACUCCAGGUGACCAUAUCUGACACGGACAUGAAGACCUUGAAGUUCCUAGUUGCUAUUAUUAGUGGCUGCAGGAAUUCUGUGGACAAAUUAAAGAAGGAAGUUUGUUGUAAGCUUUUGAAUCAGACGUUAGGGAUUAGCUCAAAUUUGAGUCACCUAUAUGAAUCUGAUGAAAUGGAGGAAGUCAUCUUGGAGCUUCACAAUUUGUUUGUUGUGGGACCAGCAGCUUCUGAUACUGUUCUGAACCAAUGCAAACCCGGACUGGCACUUUUCUUGGCCGGAACUAGUGCCAUGGCGAUGUCGGAAAGUGAUAAUUGCCCUAAAAGUAUUGCUGUAUGGGAGUUGUAUCACAUGGUUUUGAGAGAAAGGCACUGGGCAUUUGUUCAUCUAAGCAUUGCAGCAUUCGGAUAUUUUGCUGCUCGCACUAGCUGCAAUCAGCUAUGGAGAUUUAUGCCUCAAGAUGCAGCACUUUCAUACGAUAUAAUAUCUGGAAAUGAUGCGAAUGAAGACCGAUUUAUGUCCGAGUUUAAGGCUUUUCUUGAGAAAGAAAGGGCUCUUCCCGCUGUUAUGUCCAGCAGCACUGAGCAACAGCUGCUACUUCUUGAGGAAGGUUUGGCUCUAAAACAACUGGUUCAGAAGGUCUCAAGUAUCAAUUUAGAUGAUGCAAGAUUUGAUAAAACUGAUAUUGAUGAUGAAAACCAACCAAACAAGAGAAGGAAACUUCCUGAUGGAAUAAACAGAGGCGUGGAACUGUUGCAAGAUGGCUUGAAAGUUAUCGGCGACUGUCUUUCACAGUGGCAAACUAAUCAGGUAGAGUCUGCUGAACUUCAUGACAGGUUAAUGACCCACUUUUCUAUGCUUGAAAAUGUGAUUUCUCACCUGCAAAUUCUAAGUGACAGUAGUUAAGUCCCGAGGUCGUAAACCACCAUUCUCCAGUUUCGGCCUUCGCCGCUACCACAAUCGACCAUGGUAACAUGGCCAUAAUCAUAGUAAAAAAAUGUAAUAGGAAUGCAUCCAUGACUGCAAUUUAAAUCCUCGGUUAAGUAAUCAUUUAAGCUGUGUUCAUGCGCAUAUAUGGUGGAUUUCUUAGGUUUUAUAGGUCACGCAAGUACAAAGCUUGUUCUUUAA